GUCCCAUCCCGGACCUGCCUCGCCUCCACCAGCCAUGCCCAACUUCGCCGGCACCUGGAAGAUGAAAAGCAGCGAGAAUUUCGACGAACUCCUGAAAGUCUUGGGAGUGAAUGCUAUGCUGCGGAAAGUGGCCGUGGCCGCCGCCUCGAAGCCCCACGUGGAGAUCCGCCAGGACGGGGACCAGUUCUACAUCAAGACCUCCACCACCGUCCGGACCACCGAGAUCAACUUCAGAGUGGGGGAGAGCUUUGAUGAGGAGACGGUAGACGGAAGGAAAUGCAGGAGUUUGGCCACUUGGGAGAACGAAAACAAGCUUUACUGCAAGCAAACGCUUCUGGACGGCCAGGGCCCCAAAACGUACUGGACAAGAGAGCUGGCUGGAGAGGAGCUGAUUCUGACCUUUGGUGCCGAUGACGUCGUAUGCACGAGGAUUUACACGCGAGAGUGAAAAAAGGCCAACCUCUGUCUGCAGGAAAAGUGGAGGAUCAACAGCAGAUGUUGUGAAAAGUCCUGCAGAGUAAACAUCCUUGCGUGUUGUUUUAACGGGCUGGUUCCGGCAUGAUCGUACAUGUCAGUCUCAAAUCCCAGCUCGCCAGCCCUAUCUCAAGUCUCUCUCCCCCACCCCCGUUUUGCUUAGAUUGCGAAUCCAGGUCCCUGUAGAAUUUGUGUGUGUGCGUGCGUGUUUGUGGGUACAAAAAAAAAAUCCUUUCAUUUUCUCCGCUGCUCACUGGUAUUUAUAUAGCUUCACACUUGUAUGAUCCGAGCAGUGAUUAAAAUCCCUUGGUUCUUGU